AUGUCGGACAUCAAGUGCCACCACGUGGUGGAGUUCAUAGGCGUGGUGGGGGACUACGCCCCCGUCUACGUUGUGAUGGAGCUCAUGCAGGAGGGGGACCUUAAGUCCCUCCUGAAGAAGCAGAAGGGAGCGGCGAUCACGGAUCAGGUAUGUGAUCUAUACGGAAAUGAUUGCAAACCUUAUAACUUUACACCAAGACUGAAACGAUUAAAGAAAAACGCCCCCCCCCCCCACCCGCAGAAGGUCCUCGAGAUGGCCGUCGAGGCAGCGGACGGCAUGGCGUACCUCGCCUCCCGCAGACUCGUGCACAGGGACCUCGCGGCGAGGAACUGCAUGCUCGACCACAACCUCACCCUCAAGAUCGGCGACUUCGGGCUGACGCGGAACCUCAAGUCGGAUUACUACAGGAGAGGUUUGCUUCCGGUGAAGUGGAUGGCGCCGGAGAGCCUGAAGUUCAGCCGCUACAGCACUCAGAGUGACGUCUGGAGUUACGGCGUCUUGCUGUGGGAGAUGGCCACCAGGGGAGUGACGCCCUACAAGAAUAACACAAACGAUGACGUCAUCAGGCUCGUGGUUGAGAACAGGGCCACGCUGCCACGACCUCGAAAUUGCCCUGACCCGAUAUACAAGGUCAUGAGAAGGUGCUGGAAGUUCAAUCCCUGUGAUAGGCCUACAUUCCCAUCCAUUGCGAAAUACCUUCUGAAGCACACGAGGGAACAAUUCCAAGAUAGCUUCGAACAAGUUUCCUUCAUCCACAACGCGGCGAGAGAAGCUAGUCGGCAUUGUUCCGGAAGUGAAGUCAGGCCGGGUUACAUGGCCGAGGCGAGCCAGGAAGAGGAUUCGUUCUAUCACGACCUGAACAACACGUCUGAUCUCAGUGACGAAGGUUCGCUCGAGAAAGAGGCAGGCCGAGAGCAAGGACGACCCGACGCCCGGCCGCCCGCAGCUCGCACCCACGCCCUCCGCUGUCCUCGCCGCGCGCUGCACAUCGCCUCCAGACUGCAGUCGUUUUCGCAGCAUCGCUUCCCGAGCGCCUCCCCGCCCUCGCCUCAGUCAAGCGCCGCCGCUCCCCUCCUCGCUGUUGGGGAGAGCGCCGUCGUAGGGAGUGCCGUCGGGGAAAGCGCCGUCGGGUUGCGCGUCCCUCCUGUCGAGGUCUCGGUGCCGACGCCCUGCAACGGGUCCUCCGCGAGCCACCGGCCCCUGCCCCAGAGGGACGUUCACGUUUACACCAAUUUCAUCACCAGAGAGCUACCUCACGUUCCCCGCCACCAAGCAGCUCCCCCGUGGCCUGCGCGCUGCGGCUUCAGCCCUCGUGCCCAGGGGCGCUGCAUGUGCCCCGCCGAUCGCCUUUUCACAAGGGCAGGUUUAACCACCGGUCCUGUUCGGUCCGGAACUGAUGGCGGGCCGCCUUGCCUCUCCUGCGCUACAAUCGGACCUGCCGUAACUUUUUGCAAAAAAAUCGUUACCCGCUGUACUUCCCCCUCGUCUGGGGCGCUGCUGGCUUCUCCUGGCGCGCUCGAAGCCCCGCCGAUGGGCUACAUGAGCGAGCCCCAGACCCCGGCGCAGCAGCUCCUGACCGCGCCCCCGCCCGCCGCGGCCAGCGCCCCCUCCAGCCCUUGCGGCUCUUCGUCCCGCGGAGCCGAGCCCUUCAGUCUGCCGGGAAGGAAGCCCCGCCCUUUGUCCAGGGUCAGACUCACUUCCUCUCAGCCUCGUGCCCUUACUCGCGCCGUGGCCCGGACAGAUCGGAAUGCUCAAAGUAUUUUUGAAAUUAGCGCUCUUUGCCAAAAGGAAAUGUUGCCGCUAGCGGUGAGCGCGCCCUUCCUCUCCGCCGGCGCCGCGCCCUGGGCCGAGGAACAUGAACUGCCUUCAGAUACCUCCGCAACCUCGACACCUCUAAGAGUUUUAGCCAGUGAACCAAGCGCCGCCACGCACGCGACUCACCCAAGUGCACACUUUAACAGAACCGGUUCACUUAAGGAGCCGCCUGUAUAUACGACACACGACCAGGCCUCCCUCCCCUUGCACUCCUCACCACCUGCCCCUUCGCUGUCAUCCGGCACCGCAGCGCCAUCGAGCACUCCUCCAGCUGUCGCCACAGCGAGUCCCAGCAUCGCGGAGCCAUCUGCCACAGCAGUUCUGCCACCUACCUCAUCUAGCGCCUCCACAGCACCAGCCUCCGCAGAUUCCCUUGCGCCCCUUUUUGUACCGUCUCCGAAGAUGCUGGCGGUCUUCAGUGCUACAAGUGACCUUGGCAAUCGCCACAGCAGUCGGUCCCCGGCGGCCGCCCGGCGCCAGAGGGACCUCGAGCUGAUGUGA